AUGGUUCAGUUGCCUGUGCGAGCGAUUUCUGAGAGUGCACCUCCAAACUCCAGCCCUCAAAUGCAGAACGGAUCAACAAACGGAUCUGCAAAAGGAUCAGCGAAUGGAUUGGCGAAGACGGGUCGAGGGAUGAUGGCGAACAGGACCACUGGUGCCCUGCAGCGGCAGCACCCUCCCCGGCCCCAGACGGCCAGGACGCCCUCCCUCACCCGGCAGGAGCGCAGUUCCUGCUCCUCCACCGCCUCCUGUCCCGUCUUCUCCGGCAGGCAUAGUGACCAAGAGGAGGACCCACCUUCACACUGCCCCUCCAGCCUCUCCUAUCCCAGCUUCCAGGGCUCCAACUCCAGCCUGUACUCGUCCACCUCCAACUCCAGCCUCCACAAAUGUGUCUCCAACUCCAGCCUCCACUCGUCCGGCCAAAGUCCCAAGGGCUCUUUACCCAGUCUCCACUCGUCCGGUCCCAACCCCAAGGGCUCUUUACCCAGCCUCCAAGGCUCCUUACCCAGCCUGAAGGGCUCCAUCUCUGGGUUGAGGCGCUCUUUGGUGAGCCUGGAUCGCUCCAGCCCGGACCUGCGUAGCUCUAGCCUGGGUCCACGUAGCUCUAGACCCAGCCAUAGCGCCAGCUUGCACAGCUCUAGUCCCAGCUUGCGAAGUUCUAGUCCCAGUCUGCACAGUACCUCUAGCUCCAGCCUGUGCAGCUGCAGCUCCAGCGAGGAUGACAGCUGGGACACCAACAGCUGGAGCUCCGGUGCCACCUGCCUGCUGCGCACCUCCAUCAAGCAGCACAGCAACGAGGUGUUCCGGGCACGCGCCAGCUCCCCUGGUCCUGGUGACAGGACUGAUAAGGCCACCGCCAGCGACACGUCUACAGAGAACGUCUACCAGACCCUGGGAAACGACAAGGUUGAUAGUAGAACAGAUCGAGCCGAGUGCCAGGAGGGGCCGGCGCAAGUGUUGAAAGUAAAAUGGGAUUCAACCCAAAGCCUGUCGUCAUCCAGCAACCAGUGUCAGGGCAAGAUUGUAACCUUCUCAGCACAGCAAGAGCAGAAAGUGGAGGAGCGGCUCAAAUUCUCCCAGUUCCUGGAUGAGGUCACCAACAGGGUGCUGGUUCCCGGGAGUCCCUGGGAGUCCUUCAACCCAGUCCGACAGAGAGAACCAGCUGCAGGUGCUGCCUCCUGGUACAGCCCAAUGUCUUCCUCUCUACAGACCAUUCAGGAACUACAAGACCCGAGGGUGGACUGUGCCAACUUGAUGCACCAGUGGAGCAAGUACAGCUUACCCAGCUGUAAAGUGCUGGACCCUGGAGAAGGCCUGAGGAAAGUGGGCCAGGGAGAACGCUGUAUCUACUCAGAGCUGGCGUCCGUAGGGAAAACCUAUCUGGAGACGGACAUCGACAUUGUCAGGAGACAGGAUGAACUGGAGUUUAAUGGCUCCCUGGAGAGAGGGAGGGAAAGGGAGAGAAGAACCAUGUGUGGCAGUCCUGAACCCCCUCGAAAUACCACUGUUUUGACCCUGUCUUUCUGCCCGUCACUCUACUUCCUGUCUAGUUCUCUACAUGAUCACAAGGAUGAUUUUCACAAGCGUCUGUCCUACACCACCCACAAACUAGAGAUGGUGGAGUCGGAGUUUGACUCCACCCGUCAGUACCUGGAGACGGAACUCCGGCGAGCCCAAGAAGAGUUGGAGAAAUUCACUGACAAACUACGCAGGAUCCAGAGCAGUUAUGCAGCUCAACAGAGGAUCAAUCAAGACCUGGAGGACAAGGUGCACAGGACAUCCCAGCACCAUGAGGAUGAGAAAAGAGAGCUGAGUCGGGAGAUCAUCGUCCUCAACAAUCACCUCCUGGAGGCCAAGAUCACCAUUGAAAAGCUCAGAGAGGACAACGACCUGUACAGGAAGGACUGUAACCUGGCAGCACAGCUCCUCCAAUGUUCCAAGUCACACCACAGAGCCCACAAGCUAUCUGAGCUGCCCAUUGACUUCCAGGAGCGGGUGAGCUCCCACAUAGAGAAGCACGCACGCGGCGUCACAAUGGCGCCGUGCCACUCAUCCUACUCUGAUGCUGUGCCCACCGCCGUCAUCGCCAAGGUGCUAGAGAAGCCCGAACCGGGCAGCAGCUGCCCAGUCACCCGCUCGCCCAGCCCACAGCCAUUGGUGGCUGAGGGCCAUGACCGUGACUUCGUGCCCAAUAGCGUGGGUGGUGAAAGCCUUCAGCGCCGUACUGCCUACCGGACUGCCGACCUGUACUGCAGCGACACGGCCCUCUACUGCCCUGAGCGCUGGCAGGAGCGUAGGCAGAGCGUAGACGUCCACGGCCUCCCCAUGGGUCUCCUCCUCCAGGCCCAGAACUCCACCGACUCCAACCCUGAGGAGGUGGCCUUCCAUUCAGGUAACUUCUCCCAACACAGGGCCCCCUCCUUCCACGGAGAGUUUACGGUGGGCUCCUUGCCGGCCUCUAGCUCCUACUCCAGCUUCAGCCAGGCGUCGGAGGAGGAGAAGGGAGGGGAAGGCUGCGACGGCGGCCCCGGCAGCACCAUGUCCUCCUCCCACCAGGCGCUCUACAUGGACUGGCGGGACUGGGGGUACGGCAAGCGCAAGAGCACCUCAUCCUAUGAGAAGGACAGCCCUCCCAGCUCCAGCCUCUUCCCCAAGUCCCACAGCUUCCAGCACAUGGCGAUGCCGCCUUCCCCCAACCCGGCGAAAGGCGGCGGCGGCUCUUCGCCAGCGUACGUGCGCACGCCGUCCUGUGCCUACAGUGAGCCGUACCACUCGCCCCGCCUAGCAUCGUCGCACAGCGUGGGCUCGGCCCAGGGUGGAGGAGGACCCCGGGCGGUGGAGCGCUCUGACAGCCAGGCCAGCAUGGGCAGCAUGGGUAUCCCCACGGAAGAGGAACUGACUGGACGCUGGAGGCAGCUGAGUGUGGAGGACAUCAACUCGUACUCCUACAACCGCAAUCCGGGUCGCAUGUCUCCCUACAGCUUUUCCGAGCAGCACUUUGCCAUAGGCCCAGCCAAGCUCAAACUGGGGCCCCUCUACAGCAGCUUCCAGGAAGGGGACGACAACGUCUCUCUCCACAACAGUGUGCUGGACCAGUGCUUGGCCGCUGCUGUCAGUGGUGGCGGACUCUCACCCAGUCCCAGCCCCAAACACCCCAGUAUGGGCCUGCGGGGCAAGCCAGACAAGCCCCAGCCCCUUUACAGAGCCAAGGAGGACAGCCAGGAUUCAGAGUGCAGCCUGCAGUUCCUCUCAGGGAACUUGAAGGAUAAGGACAGCGGGGCGGCUGGAGCGGCACGGGGGACCAUGAACAAGGAAUAUGUGGAUGUGAGCCCCAACAGCUUGGCCGAGUCCUUACACCACCAAACCUCCCUGGAAGCCUCCUGUUUGCAGCAGCAACCCUACCAGAGGGAGAGAGUGAGGCCCAGCCUGAGCCCAGCUCUUCCCAAGAAGAGUUCUCAACAACACCAACAAUUUGGAAGCACAGGAACAGGACUUAGCAGGAAGGACAGUCUGACCAAGGCCCAGCUGUACGGCACCCUCCUGAACUGAACAGCUCGGUAACACUUUACCUGACCGGUAUAAUGCAUUAUGAUGCGGUUAUAAUUAAUUGUAAGACUUGUCAUAAGCACGUAUGACCCCUUAUAAAAAGUUGUAUUAUUAUCUCAAUGACUAAAUAACAGCCAUUUUGAGCAAGUUGAAAAUAUGCUUAAUAAAAAGGACAUCAUAUAUUGUAAACCUUGUAAUAAGACAUAAAAGCUCAUACCUGCUUAUAACAAGUAAUAAAACAUACAUCAUUAUACCGGUCGGCUUGAAGUAGUGUUACCAACAGCUUCUCCUCUUAUGCAUGGUGAUUAUGUACAUCUCCAUGUUUCCUGUGGCAAACACACAGUUGGCAUGGAUUUGAGAUUUUUUGUAAUCCGGUGAAGGCAAGUUUCAAGCUGUCAUAUGCUACACAGCUGUUGUUACUUGGCUGUUUGUUUAUAUGGUAUUAUACGGUGUAGCUAUCAGAGAGACUAGCCACCAGAUUUCCGUACCGUUUCCUACAGUAUAUCAUCCCGUAUUCUUUACCAUGGCAUAGCACCAACUAAAGGCUACAUAUUAUGUAUAGGAUAUCCUGCUGACUCGAAAGCUGUAACACAACUUCCAAGGCCUCAUUUUCUCAUGGACAAACUGCAUGUUAUGUUAUGUUAUGCAUAUACAGUGCAUUUGGAAAGUAUUCAGACCCCUUGACUUUUUCCAC